AUGUUCGCGAGGAGGAAAUCAUCCGUUGUCCUCCUCCUUUUAUUCUCUCUCGUCGUUUUGCUCUCAGUCUCAUCUUUUUCGGGCGGCGGCUUCACCGCGUGUUUCGGUUUCGUGCAACAAAACGAGACUUCUUUACCAGCAUCGUAUCGACGCGCUUUGUUGCAAAGAGCGCGGUGUUCCAACCCGUGGUGCUUUUUGAUCUCGAGAAGACAGAGGGUGAAAAUACGCCAGUGCGCGGUGCCUCAGUGCGCGAGGAGAGUGAAACCAUUUUCGUGCUCUCUGGAGUAUUGCUGCGCGUCGUGGUGCAGAAAUCUGCCUUGGGAAAUGUUGAUUCAGGCUCCUCCGCCAUUGUGUCGAGACUGCGUGAUUGCGUAUCGACCCGGGUGUUGCGGUUGGUGUAAACAAGUUCCAAGUCAGUACUACGGCGGCGUCGUUGGGUGCUACAAUUGCCUGGCGUACGCUUUGGAGGUGAGAUUUGUUCCAAUCAUUAAACCGAUUUACGGUCGAUGCGAAUAUUGCGAGUGGUCGCCGACGCGAUACAUCUCUUCGCCAACCUUCGUGAACGUCAUCAAUAACAACGUGAACAUCAACAUUAAUAUCUUUCAAAAAACAAUCGUGCAACCGCCACAACCGGUGGAAAGUCUCGGCGCUGAUGAGUGCCGAAAUAUUGGAGGAUGUGGUUUUGACGCGCCCGCUGUUGAUGAGGUGCCUGCGGAUGAACCCUUAACGCCGGACGAGGCAGCCGCGGGCGAUCCUCAACCGGGAGAUUUGUCCGAAGAGCAAUUGACCGAUGCGGUUCUAGAUCCGGUGGAUGAUCCGGUGACCGCAGGAGAGCAAGAUCCAGAUGUACCCGAUCCCAUCGAAGGUAUAGACGGUGUCGACGUUGACGGCGAAGAAGAAGAAGAAGGAGGAGGAGAAGGAGGAGAAGAAGAAGACGGAUCGGGGGAAGACGACCAACCGGUCCGCGAGCCGACCGAAGCGGCGACGGAAGAAGAAGAAGGAACUUUACCGGAUGUCGAGGGAGAAGAAAACGCUUUGAAUGGUAUCGACGAAGGAGUCGAUGAACAACCAGGAGAAGGAGAAGGAGAAGGAGGAGGAGAAGAGCAGGAUUAUUCCUCGCAAGAAGAUUACUCCUCGCAAGAAGAAAGCGGAGGAGGAGAGCAGGAUUAUUCCUCGCAAGAAGAUUACUCCUCCCAAGAAGAUUACUCCUCCCAAGAAGAAGAAGGCGGAGGCGGCGGAGGAGGAGAACAAGAACCUUCGCAAGAAAGCUUUCAGCCUUCUAACUUUGGCGGCGGUACUCUCGAAGGCGGACUUGGAAACGCUGGCGGGCUUGGAAACGCUGGCGGGCUUGGAAACGGCGGCGGUGGUCUCGGAAACGGCGGAGGCGUUGGACUCGGAUAA